AUGCUAGACAUCCAGCGUCGACCACGACAGGGAGUUCCUUCAUUCGAGGACAGUAUCAAAAAGUAUGGGAGGACGAAGCAGUGGGGCGCAGCGCUGCAGCUGUUCCGGGAGGAGUCGAAUUUGCGCGCGAGGCUUAGACCGUUCUUCUACGUUUCGACCAGCAGCGUGUGCAGAAGAGGCGGCCAGUGGCAGCGGGCAUUGUCGCUCCUGGUCGAGAUGGUGGACGAGAAAUUGGAGGCCAGCGUCAUCAGCUGUAACGCUGCGAUCAGCUCGUGCGAGAAGGGUGAGCAGUGGCAGGGGGCCAUGGGACUGCUCAGAGAGAUGCUUGAGGCAAAGCUUGAGCCCGAUGUCGUCAGCUACAGCGCUUGCAUCAGCGCGUGCGAGAAGUGCGAGCAGUGGCAGCGAGCUUUGGGGCUGCUCAGCGAGAUGUUCGAGGUGAAGGUCGUGCCUAACGUGUCAGCUACAACGCUUGCAUUAGCGCGUGCGAGAAAGGCGAGCAGUGGCAAAAGGCCCUGUCGCUGCUCUGCGACAUGGGGCCGCAGAAGGUGGAACACGACGUUAUCAGUUACAACGCAGGAAUCAGCGCGUGCGAGAAAGGGGGGCAGUGGCAAAGGGGCUUGUUGCUGCUCAGCGAGAUGUGCGAGGCCAGGCUGGAGCCCGACUCAGCUACUCCGCUGGAAUCAGCGCGUGCGAGAAAGGCGAGCAGUGGCAGCAUGCGUUGUCGCUGCUCAGUGA